AUGCCGCUGGAACCUCCUUUUCCUCCUCUCUACAAGCAGUCUGCCGUCAAGACGCCCGAAGAUGGGACGGACGACGGGAAGAAGACACAGGCUGGACCGUCCAGCGGACAGCUGCGUAUCAAGCUGGAUCCCAUCGGUACGCUGCCCACGAUUGCUCGCGUGAAGGAGCCCUAUACCAGUCGAGAGAGCGGACAUGGCAACCACGCCGUAUACCUGGUCGAAGACGAAGGGAUAGACAGGUUCGUCGAGGGGGACUUGAGCGUCCAGCGGCUGAACGACAUCCACGGCCUGCUCUGGAUGGCUGGACGUCCUCUCAACGCCCGAAAGCUGCAGCGAUAUAAGAUGAUUGGCUUCGAUUUCCUGCCUACGGAGCAGGCAGACCUUCACCUCAUCCACUUCUCGAACAAGAUCUACCUCAAGACGCUGCCGGACUACAUUCUCGACUACGAUUUCUGGGAGAAAUACCUGUGCAAGAACGAGGAGCUGCACAAGCUGGCCUGCGGCUUCUUGCUCUCGUGGCUGGCGAAGGACGCUCAUCUGCUCUCGCCACAGAUCACCUGGGCCUGGUGGAAGCAGUUCGUCAGAGACUUCAACAAGCAUGUCGAUUUCAACGCGCUCGACAAGGUGAAUAAACGGUAUCACUUUGGCGAGCUCCGUCUUGGACGCAUCAACACCAUCUUCCGCAUUCGCUUCUUCCACUCCCAUUUCAUACGUGGCUAUCUCUACAGCUAUAACCGCUACCAAGUCUUCUUCGAACGCAACUUUGGCUGGCUCAUCGGGGCAUUUGUGUACAUCUCUGUUGUCCUCUCGGCCAUGCAGGUCGGUACUGCCAUCCCUCCGCUGAACAAUAAUCAGGCUUUCCAGAAGGCCUCGUACGGUGUAGUCGUCAUGUCUAUCGUGGCAGUGGCGGCCUGUCUGGCCUUUGUGGUUAUUCUCUUCUCGUGGAUUUACCUUUAUAACAUGGUGGCUGCCAUAUGGCACUCCCGCAGCGAGAGGCAGAAGAGGAGGAAACUUGCUGUCGAGCUUGCAGAAAAGGCAGAGUUUGCUGAUAGGACGUCUUGA